UAGUUUAAUUCUUUAUUUCAUAUUGUUAACUAAGCUUUUCUUUAACAGUAUGUAGUAUAAACUACAUAUGCAAAAUGAAAUAACAUAUACAAUUAAAAUAAAAUUAUUCCUCAGUGCAAUAGCUCUAGAGCGAAUUUAAUUCCAUAAGCUAAAGUUUAAUUAGGACAAUAAACUCAACUGGACACAGAAUAUAUAAAGGUAGUCCUCAAUGUAACAAUUGAGCUGAAAAUUUCUGCUGAUAAGCAAGACAGUGAGUUUGCCCCAUUUUAUGAGCUUUCUUGCCAAAGUUGUUAAGUGAAUCAUUGCAGUUGAUAAGUUAGUAACACAGUUGUUAUGUGAAUCUGGCUUCCCCAUUGACUUUGCUUAUCAGAAGAUCACAAAAGGGGAUCGCAUGAUCCCAGGAUACUGGAACGGUCAUAAAUAUGAAUUUUGAUCCAAGUAACCACAGGGAUGUUGCAAUGGUCGUAAAUGUGAAAAAGUCACUUUCAGUGGUCACUAAAUGAAUGGUUAUAAAUCAAGGACCACCUAUAUGUAAAUGUUGAUCAAUAUAAUAUAUAUAACUCAUAUUUUUCUGAUGAUUGCAGUGUACAUAAACAUUUCUAUUAAUGGCCGUCAAUUUUUCUUUUCCUGAUUAGCACUUUCUGUAUCGUUUACUAUGGAAUUUCUGUAUAUAUGUUUCUGUACAUAUGUAAAUAUUUAAUUGCAUUCCUAUAACUGCUCAUCUCACAUGAUGACACUGGGUGGCAUUCAUAAUAAAGUAGUAAAAAUAGAAAAAAACCGUUAAAACAACCAAUUUAAAUUAAAAGAUGAAAUCAAAGUUUUAAAAAAUCACAUUGGGGUCUUGGGUGAAAUAAGAGCAUGGCUUAGCUUAGAACAUGUCUAACAUUUGUCUUCAUUUGUUAUGACAGAAUGUAGUCCAUGAUUGGCAACAGGUUGUGGCAACUUGUGUUUUGUAAAAAAAACACGAAAAACCUCUGCUAAUGAUUUAUCAUAUUGAGGGACAUGUAAAAAGCUUAUUGGAGUGAAAUUCAAAAGGUUGCAGAAACCACUAUAAGCUAUUAAAUACUAUUAGCAAUGUACAUAUCAUCUAAAACAAAGAGGUCUGCUUAUUUAGAUCAAUUUAACUUGCCACAAACAAGUGCUAUACAGAAUCCAUGUCAUACCUUCAGGGGUUGAACUUUAUAAGGGCCAUUCAUUCAGCAUGUUAUUGAUCUUUUUUCUGGCAUGGUAGCUGACUUUGAGGCCUCUCAGCUUUGGCUUCCUGCUUACACUAAAUGCUCCAGCUUUCCUUUCCCGGACAAAUACAUUUUAAUUCAUUCUACGAGCCUUACUCUUGAUCUUAACAAAACUGUGUCACUGGUUGUUGAAAAACCUGUUUGUGGGGUAUGCAACUGUUAUUUAGAUGGUUUUUAUAAGAAACAAUGGUAUCUUGAGGGCAUGUGGAAGUGUUUUUUCAUCAUGUUGAAAUCUGACCUUUUCCCCUUCUCUAAAUAGAUAAUGCUGUAGAAUAAACACAGUUCUAUUUGUGUAUGCUGUCAUGCUUUAGAAAACAGAUCUUUAGUGAAACUUCAAAGUGUGCGUGUUAUAAUUGCAGCUCUUUUGUUUCAGUGCAAAAUGGUUCUCUUCAUCAGAAGGAUACAGUGCAUGACAAUGAUUUUGAGCCUUAUCUUUCUGGACAGUCAAAUCAGAGCAACAGCUAUCCAUCAAUGACCGAUCCCUACUUGUCCAGUUAUUAUCCACCUUCUAUUAGCUUUCCCUACUCACUGAGUGAAGCUCCCUGGUCAACCGGAGGAGACCCUCCUAUCCCAUACCUGACAACCUAUGGACAGCUGAGUAACGGCGAUCACCACUUCAUGCACGAUGCUGUGUUUGGACAACCUGGCGGAUUGGGCAACAACAUUUAUCCACAUCGGUUUAAUUUUUUCCCUGAAAAUCCUCCUUUCUCAGCAUGGGGAACGAGCGGCUCUCAGGGGCAGCAGACCCAGAACUCGGCUUACGGAAGCAGCUACAGUUACCCACCCAGUUCCCUUGGGGGUACUAUUGUGGACGGGCAAACGGGAUUUCAUAACGAUACUUUGAAUAAAGCGCCCGGGAUGAAUAGCAUCGAACAGGGAAUGGUUGGAUUGAAGAUCGGCGGGGACGUCACGGCUUCCGCCGUGAAAACCGUAGGCUCGGUGGUAAACAGUGCCGGGAUGGCGAAUGCGUUGUCUGGCAACGGUGGAUCGAACCUCAACCUGCCAGUAUCGAAGCCAACCUCUUGGGCUGCUAUCGCUAGCAAACCUGCAAAGCCCCAGCCCAAAAUGAAAGCGAAAAGCGGGCCUGUAAUAGGAGGAGCUUUGCCUCCGCCGCCUAUCAAACAUAACAUGGACAUAGGUACUUGGGACAACAAAGGCCCCAUGCCCAAAAUCCCAGCUCCUCAACAACCGAUCCCUUCUCCUCAGUCUAUCCCACAGCCACAGAUCAUUCAGCCAAUUCCCGCCCAGCCACCCCCGCUGACCCAACUGCCCUACCAGAACCCUCAGCCGCCGCCCCCUCAAAACCGAUGGGUGGCACCUCGCAACCGCAAUGCAGCUUUUGGCCAAAGCGUAGGAACCGGUAACGAAAGCAACCUGCCCGGGAAUACCCCAGCGAACACCAUCCCCGGCGGAGGAGGAGGUGGCGGCGGCGAGUCCCACCCCGUUCUCGAAAAACUGAAAGCCGCCCACAGUUACAACCCCAAGGAUUUCGAGUGGAACCUCAAAAAUGGACGCGUGUUCAUCAUCAAGAGUUACUCGGAGGACGAUAUCCAUCGUUCCAUCAAAUACUCCAUUUGGUGUAGCACAGAACACGGCAACAAACGUUUGGACAGCGCCUUCCGCUCCAUGAAUAGUAAAGGCCCAGUCUAUUUACUCUUCAGCGUCAACGGCAGUGGACAUUUCUGUGGCGUGGCAGAAAUGAGGUCGUCGGUGGACUACGGCACCAGUGCCGGCGUGUGGUCCCAGGACAAAUGGAAGGGGAAGUUUGACGUCAAGUGGAUCUUUGUGAAAGAUGUUCCCAACAACCAGCUUCGACAUAUCAGGCUGGAGAACAAUGACAACAAGCCAGUGACAAACUCCCGUGACACUCAGGAGGUGCCCUUAGAAAAAGCGAAGCAAGUGCUUAAAAUUAUUGCUAUGUACAAGCACACGACCUCCAUCUUCGAUGACUUUUCCCAUUACGAAAAGCGCCAGGAGGAGGAAGAAGUGGUACGAAAGGAACGUCAGAAUCAAAAUAAACAAUAAGAAUAAGCAUAUAUGGUUUGCUAUAUAUAUAUACAUAUAUAUAUAUAUACUAGAACUGAUAUUAAAUUUGAUUAUGAAAAAUUGAAUCUUUUUUUAAAAAUGCCUUGGUGCUGUGUAUUCUGGCAUCAGGAGAUUAUAAAGCUUUCAGCUCCAAUAUUUUUUUUUGCAGGGGAAAUUCAAAUCUUGCAUCUUUUAAGUACACUGUAGUGGGAGGGGUUGGGUUUUGUUUUGGUUUGGUUUGCCCAGCUGAAUAUGCAUUAAGUUGUAAUCUUUUCUAUGUAAAAUGCUGUAGAAUCCAUUAAUAAAGAUGUUUCUUGUUUUUUUUAUUUUUUUUAAAGUUGGUUAAACAAGUUCAUCUACAAUUGAAGAUUUUGAAAAUAUUAACCUUUUUCCAAAGACCUUUAAUUGCGGCACAAAUUAUGUUUCGCACAAAUUAUGUUUCUAAUCUGAAAAGUCAUUGCUUUUAUAUUUAUGUACCACAGAUCCCCUUGUCUCGCCAUUCCCACAGUCAGUUUGAUUCUUAUGGCAAGUAUAAACAAAAAUACCAUUUUGUUUUUUGAGAAAUAACCUGUGUCAAAAAUAUUGACAUUUAAUUUAGCAAGCUCAGGUUAUUUUAUGAAGUUCAGCUUUAUCUGUUACAUUCAUUAUUUUUGAAAAAAUUUUGAAAGUAUACUUCUGCCUUCCUUACAAAAAGUCAAAAAGGCGUAAUUCACUGGGGUAAUUUCGCAUGCAAGAAGUAUAAAGGGGAUUUUCUCACAAACACAAUUGUACAUUUUCUUCAUUUGCAGUUAUUUUUUAUGGAUAUUGCAUGAGAAAUAUUCCUCAUGGAUUGUAUUUUACGUCUUAAAUUAUUUUGUCUAUAAUUGGUGAACAUUAGUGAACAUCUGCGUUGUAUCAUAUCUUGCAAGAAAAAGCUGACAAGUUUCCUACCAUAAUUUUUUGCUUUCUCUGUAGCUUUUAAUCAUUUAAAUAUGUGUUCAACAUUGCAGGGGCUUGGGCAAAAUGUGGCUUUUAAUUUCCCCCCUGCUUUUUAAUAUUAUUAAAUUCAUUACUUUUAAUCUGUCCCCCCCCCCACUUUUUUUCCCCCACUCACCCCCUUGAGGAAGUCACUUAAGAUUUUAUACUAAUAAUGGUGAGCUUUAAUCUCGAAUCUUAGUUCAGACUCAUACGAUGGAUUAUGCUUCAGAUGUUUAAAAUUGAUUGUGUGUGCGUGUGCCUAUUUUUUCUGUUGGAUGAGUAAAAAAAAAACAACUGUUUAAAGAAAUGAAUCUUCUGUCAUGUUUUUGUGGAAUGAGGAAGCUGUCGGAAGAAGUGGCCACCAACCGGAGUUUUCAAAAAAAUUUAGCAUGAAUUCUUGGUGCUCAUGCCUGUUGCUCUAGCACAUUGAAUCUGCACGUGUUUAAUUGUAGAGGAUCUUUUACUUAUAUUAGAAAGCAGAUAUCUUCUGAAAAACAAUAUUUACGCAAGAGGACCUCCAAUUUAAAUGAAAGUUUUAAGCUGUAUCAUUUAGACUUGUAUUUAGAAUAUAUAGCUUUGUCUGUUACUUCUGAUGUAAGGAGUAAUGGAACAGCAUCAGAUUAACUUUUUCCUCUAGGAGAAUACAAGCCUUAAUAAAUAAUACCUACUUA